AUCCGUCUGAUCGCCAUUUCAUACACCGAACGGUCCUGAUGCGAUAAUCUUUCCCUCCCAGACAAGUUGCCUUCUCAUUUUGCGCUUGGAUGGGAGGCGAACACGCCGCCGCCUUCGUGGCGCACCGCCAUUUCCCGUACCCACCGUUGCUCCUCCGUGAGGGUUUUAGGGCUUUUAGCUUCCCCGCAGGCCGUCGACUCUCUACUAGGGUUUAACUAGUGAUGCGAGGAUUCUGGAGGAGGAAAGAUGCAACCGCUGCUGCUGCGGCUCUGUGGAAGUUUAGGACCCUCUCGACGGCGACGGCAUGUAGAGCGGUAGUGCUGCCGCGGUUCGGUGGGCCUGAGGUAUUGGAGUUCCGUUCGUCCGUCGAAGUCCCCGAUCUCAAGCCGCAGGAGGUGCUUGUCCGCGCCCGUGCCAUAUCCAUCAAUCCUCUAGAUCUCAGGGUGAGAUCAGGAUAUGGUCGAUCCAUAUUUGAACCCCUUUUGCCACUGAUUUUGGGUCGGGAUGUUAGCGGUGAAGUUGUAGCUGUUGGAGCUUCGGUCUCAUCACUGGUCCUCGGGCAGGAAGUUUUUGGUGCACUGCAUCCAACAGCUGUGAGAGGCACUUAUGCUGAUUAUUGCAUUCUAUCAGAAGAAGAGUUAUCCGUGAAACCAUCUUCAGUAUCUCAUGUGGAGGCAAGUGCUGUUCCUUUUGCUGCCUUAACUGCAUGGCGAGCCUUGAAAUGCACUGCUAGAAUUUCUGAAGGCCAGAGAUUACUGGUAUUAGGUGGAGGUGGGGCUGUUGGAUUAUCUGCAAUUCAACUUGCUGUAGCUGCAGGCUGCAGUGUGUCAACUAUCUGUGGAAGUAAGAGUAUUGAACGUGUUAUGGAAGUUGGCGCUGAGGAUGCUAUUGAUUACAAAACCGAGACAUUAGAGUGCUGUCCGGGCGUGCAAGAGGGUUUGUACUGCUGUCCUUUUUACAUAGGCAGCCAAACGACUUCACCGUGGCUUAGUAUCUUCUGACAUGCGGG